UGUUACACUAAUCACUUGCAGGAGCUGAUCCAGCUCAGGGAAAGAGACUGCUCCCAGGAAUGGGACAGUGACCAAGUGUCCCAGCCAGAGAGCCUUAAAGGGGCAGAAGAAGAAGGAAGGAGCAAUGAAAGCUGUCUAGCACUGUCUAAUUACGAUGUGAUCUCGCAGAUGGAACGAGGGGAAGAGCCGUCGGUCCUGGAAAGGGAGAACCGAAGAAACAUCUGUACAGCAGGUCAGGGGACGGUGAGUGAGAAUAAGAAGGAGAGUCCUCAGCAGGGAGAUCCUGAGCAAGUGGAACUUCAUGGGACGUUACUGGGAAGAUCCAAAGAGAAGGGAAAUUUCUGCUCUCUUGAGCAGGGCAAAGCUUCUGAGAGUCCAGGUAGGUCCAAAAGGGAGCAAAGAAACCCUCCGGCAAAGAGACUGGGGAAAUCCAUCCCGCUUGGGGGAGGUGACCUCAAUGACCUCGCAAUCCCGCAGAGACUCCAGCCAGGAGAGGGAAAGAACACGUGUCCAGACUGUGGGAAAAGUUUCCGUGGGCGCUUAGGUCUUACUAGACAUCAGAGAAUCCACUCAGGCAAGAAGCCCUACAGGUGUCCUUUGUGCGGGAAAGGCUUCACCGUCAGCUCCACCCUGGCUAAGCACCGGCGCAUCCACACUGGGGAGAAACCCUACCAGUGCCUCAGCUGUGGGAAGAGCUUCAUCCAGAGCUCGCAGCUCAUCACCCACCAGAGAACCCACACGGGAGAGAAGCCCUACCAAUGCCCCGAAUGCGGGAAAGGCUUCAGCCGGAGCUCCCACCUCAUCACCCACCAGAGGUUCCACACGGGAGAGAAGCCCUACGAAUGCCCCCAGUGCGGGAAGGGCUUCAGCCAGAGCUCCAACCUGGCCACGCACCAGAGAGUGCACACGGGGGAGCGGCCCUACCGGUGCUCCCAGUGCGGGAAGGGCUUCACGCAAAGCUCGGACUUCACCGCCCACCAGCGGCUGCACAUGGGUGAGAGGCCCUACCGCUGUGCCGAGUGCGGGAAGAGCUACACAAACAGCUCCGCCGUCAUCAAACACCAGAGGAACCACACGGGGGAGCGGCCCUACAAAUGCCCCGAGUGCAGGAAGGGCUUCAGUCAGAGCUCCGCCCUGCUUGCCCACCAGCGGAUCCACACAGGAGAGAGGCCCUACAAGUGUCCUGAGUGUGGAAAGGGCUUUUAUGCGCGCUCCCCACUUAUUGCACACCGGAGAACCCACACUGGCGAGACGCCCUACACGUGUCCGGAGUGUGGGAAGGGGUUCCGCAAGAAAACCAGCCUGAAUGUGCAUCAGAGAGACCACCCGGCGGAGGAACAAUGCCCUGACCAGGGCUGUCCCCAGUGAACGGCAUCCAUGGCCAUUCCCACAACACAUGGGGUAUUUGGCUUCUCAGCACCAUCCAUCUGCACAUCUGUUGGGUCAACGGACUGCGGGAGCCACCCCUAAGAUGACUGGUGGUGAUCCUCUAGCAAGUCCUAGGCAGAGGAGAAGAAGCCCGCCUCAUCUCCUCUUUAACUGGUGCAUCCCCAGCUGCAAAGCUGCCAAGCCCUCUGUCUCUUGUCAACAUGGGAGGAGAGAGGAAAAUCCCCCCAGGAGCCCCUUUUUCCUCAGGUGGGAGAAAGCUACAUGGCUCAGGCCCUAAACUAACUCAGAACACCUAUCGCCACCCACCCCCAGACCUGGGCUGGGCUGGGCUGGGCUCUCAAACUGAUCCAGAACUGGAGCUUGAUUUUGCCCAAACAACUUUAAUCCUGGCCACUCAUGGAAAUACAUUGUGCAAAUACAUUCUGGUACAGUUUUAAUUUACACUGUCACGUACCAUUUUUCCCCGCAGGGCUCCUGCCUCAUUCAGUGCCCAGAAUGGAUGUGUCGGGCAGCCUGAACUAUGGGGGUCUCUAUGUAUGCUGCCGAUUAUCGAAUCUACCCUCCAUUCUCUCCCUGCUCCUUGCCUUCUCUCUCCCACAUGGGUGCCCAGGGUCAUCUGGGGCCACCUACAUCACUUUCCUGAAAGUGCCUUGAAUUGCCAAUGGAGCCAACCCCCAUUUUCUGCCUUUCGCCCUGGCAAGCUCCUGGAAAUCCUGUCCUGACUGGUCUGUGCGUCCCACACCAUUCAUGAUGACAUGCUAGCCCUGCUGCUGAGGAGAGCCCUGCAGAAAGCAACAGGGUGUUAGGGGACAGGAAAUGGAGACCUGUGUCUCAUCCUAAUGCUGUCUGAGCAGAGUCUGCAGUCGGUUCAUUCCGUUUUCAAGCUAGUACUUUUAAUUGUCACACCCUCAUUCCAGUGCCAGGGAGGAACAAAUCUCAGGCAGAAGAAUAAAACAAAAGCAGAAAAACUUUUGCCAACAAAACCCACGUAACAGAUUGAUUGGGAGCAGUUUUAAGCUUAAUCAAAAAGAGCCACUCUUAAAUUGAAAUAAGCAUAUCUACACAGGGAUGUGCAGAGUUUUAACUGAAAGAGCUUAAGUUCCCACCUUAGGUUAAAGGGGUACAAGCCCUCAGUGCAGCCUUGCCAACCCCAAGCGUGCAAAGAUCAUGAGUCCAGCCCCCAAAACAUGAAAUUUGGCUUAAAAAUCCAGUGGUGUUUUAAAAAUAAUACAUUUGAAGUUUUUUAUUUCUUCUGGUUUCUGAGUCUUUAGCGUGCACGUGCUUCAUGUUUUCAGACUUUUCCCUGCAACCACGAGGGCUAGAAUCUCCCUUAAAAAAAAGGAAAGAAAAGAAAGUUGAGCUUCUUAUUCAGUCUCUUGAUUCUAGCAGCUGGGGCUGGAAAACACGAAAUAUAAUGAGAGCUGCAUUACGUUUUUAAGAGUUGGUAUCACUAUAGUUAAAUCUUCUUCUUCAGAUAGAUGCAGCCGUGUAUUCCACAUAGGUGUGUGUGGACCCAGCAGACUGGAGCCUGAGAAAUUUGCCUACCGGUACCUGUAGAGGGUGGUGCUUGCACCUCAUGGCCAUAGCCCCUCCCCUGGCUACAUGAAGGUGCAACCCCAACCCUCUCUCAGUUCUUAUUUCUUGGUCAACUGUAACAUCCCAUGUUUAAUUCAUUCUUUUAAACACUGUCAACACUAUCACCUAACCAGCUUUAUUUGACCUUCUGUAAUUUCUUAGUUGCUUUUGAAAUUCUGUUUUGGCUAAUAAAUGGAUACAUUUACCAUA